GUCUAUUCAUCGUACGUGUUUCAUAUGAAAGAAGCUAAUGUGCUGUUUUUUUAAGGAAACACCGGAACCUUUUCCGCUUCCGAAUGAAGUUUCAGUGGUGAAAGCUGCAGCAGGUUGGGCACAUUGUGUCUGUGUAACAGUGGCUGGAGAGGUGUAUACAUGGGGAUGGAAAGAGUGUGUGCCGUUUGGAACAGUUGUUGGAGACCCAUACACAGAUCAAGAUCCAGAAACAGACUUACUUGAUCAAGAGGGAUCAAGAUCUACGGAUGUAGUCGCCACGCAUGAAGGUACAAAAAGGCGACGUGUGACUAGACAUGCAGGUGAAAGCUCGUCGUCAGGUGACGAAUCUCUCACAGCUUUGCCAUGUUUGGUAGCUUUCAUGAAUCCAGGGGUUAAGAUAACCACCGUUGCGGCUGGUGGGCGACACACAUUGGCAUUAUCAGAUAUGGGCCAGGUGUGGGGUUGGGGAUAUGGAGGUGAGGGGCAGCUAGGUUUGGGGUCCCGCAUUCGAAUGGCAUCUUCGCCACGUCCUAUACCUUGCAUCGGCACAUCACCACUAAGAACCAUCCCUGGAAAUUAUAUUAGAGGAAUUGCUUGCGGAGGAAGACACAGUGCCGUGAUUACGGAUGCUGGGGCAUUAGUGACUUUUGGCUGGGGCCUCUAUGGACAGUGUGGGCAAGGAAGUGCUGAUGAUGAGCUAAGCCCUACAUGUGUAUCAUCGUUGCUGGGCAUCCGCAUAGAUGGCGUUGCUGCUGGUCUUUGGCAUACAAUUUGCAUUUCAAGUGAUGGUGCUGUGUAUGCCUUUGGCGGGAAUCAGUUUGGCCAAUUGGGUACCGGAACCGAUCAUGCUGAGACCUUGCCACGGCUUUUAGAUGAUCCUAGUCUUGAAAAUGAACACGCAAGAGUGGUAUCGUGUGGGGCUCGACACAGUGCUAUUGUUACAGACGAGAAGGUGUUCUGCUGGGGAUGGAACAAGUAUGGUCAGCUCGGUUUGGGGGAUGUCGUAGACCGCAACGUUCCAUCUCAAGUUGAACUAGAUGGCUAUGUACCAAGAGCCGUUGCGUGUGGCUGGUGGCACACACUUGUUCUUGCUGACUCACUUACCUGAAGAGUUCCGUUCCCUCUUGGGUGCUUUCAGACAGCCAUAAUAAGUUUUGUUGGGUCAGCGGUUGCUCUUUCACUAAGUAUCUGCACAAGUACAUAAAAUAAUAUGCUUGCAUGUAGAAGCAUAUGUAUGCAUGUGAUCAUUGUUAGCAUAAUAAGUUUUUGGGCUCAAAAUCUAUUGGGCUUUCACUUAGCCUGUUUAACUAGAUUAGCCUAGAUAGUUUUUGGGCUCAUAAUCUAUUGGGCUUUCACCUCUACCUAUUUAUUGUGUUGCUUUCCUUUGUUU